UUUAAUUUACUCUUUGGAGAGAUUCAGAAUUUCUUUUCAAUUCAAAGAUUUAAGCAACUUUGAUCAAGUAGACAAUUAAGCUGCAAACAAGAUGGUUGAUGCAGUUCUUCGAGUUGUUCUUCAGAACAUUAACUUCCUACUUCAGCAAGAGUUUGGUUUGGUAUGGGGAGUCGAUCGAGAGAUGAGAAGGCUUUCUGACACCUUACACACAAUUAGAGAUGUAUUGGAAGAUGCUGAGAUGAAGCAAUUCAAGGAUAAGGAGACCAAAGGUUGGCUAAAGAAACUCAAGGAUGCAGCUUAUGAUGCAGACGACAUCUUAGAUGAGUGUGCUGCCAAAGCACUUCAAUUAGAAGAAUCCCAGAUGAGCAAUUGCACCAACCAGGUAAGCAACUCUUUCUUAUCUUGGUUCAAUUUGGAAAAACUUAUGUUUCGUCUCAAGAUUGGACACAGAAUAAAAGAUAUUAGAGAGAGAUUUGAUGAUAUUGCUGAUGCGAGGUCCAAAUUUCAUUUGAACCCUCGGGGAAAUGCAGUGGAAUGGACUUUUGAGACCAGUGAACGAGAGACUACGUCCAUUCUAACUGAACCCCGAGUUUAUGGGAGAGAUGAGGACAGAGAAGAAAUAGUUAAGAUAUUGGUGGACAACAUUAACAACCCAGAGUUACUGGUUUAUCCAAUAAUUGGAAUCGGUGGUCUUGGGAAGACCACACUUGCUCAACUUGUCUACAAUGAUGAAAGAGUGAAAAACCAAUUUGAGGCCAGAAAUUGGGUUUGUGUAUCUGAUGAUUUUGAUGUAAAAAGGCUUACUAAAGCAAUCAUAGAAACUAUGGGUGGAACUGCAUCUGAUCUCACAGAGUUGGAAUCAAUGCAAAGCCGACUUCGUGAGAUGUUGAGUAGGAGGAGAUUUUUGCUUGUACUAGAUGAUGUUUGGAAUGAAAAUCAGGACAAGUGGGAUAAAUUGAAAUUUUCAUUGACAUGUGGAAUUCAAGGAUGUUCAAUUCUUGUAACCACUCGUCUUGAAAAAGUAGCAUCAAUCAUGGGCACAUUUCCUGCUCACCACUUAAAAGGACUUUCAAAGGACGAUUGUUGGGCUUUGUUCAAGCAACGUGCAUUUGGCGAUGGCAGAGAAGAGAUUGCAAACUUGGUAGUGAUUGGAAAGGAGAUUGUGAAGAAGUGUGGAGGUGUUCCUCUGGCAGCAAAGGCUCUAGGGAGCUUAAUGCACUUCAAAAACAUAGAGACUGAAUGGCUAUUUGUGAGAGACAGUGAAAUAUGGGAUCUACCAGAAGAUGAAGAAAAUACCAUUUUGCCGGCCUUGAGACUUAGCUACAAUCAUCUGCCCUCACAUUUGAGGCAAUGUUUCGCUUAUUGCUCUAUAUUUCCAAAGGAUCAUAGGAUCCAGAAGGAACAGUUGGUCCAUCUCUGGAUGGCUAACGGUUUUAUUCCAUCCAAGGGUAAAAUGGAGUUGGAAGAUAUUGGUAAUGAAAUUUUCAACGAGUUAGUGUGGAGGUCUUUCUUCCAAGACGUAGAAAAAAAUGAUUAUUUGAAUGUAGUGAAUUGUAAGAUGCAUGAUCUAGUCCAUGAUCUUGCAUGUUCUAUCAUGGGUAAGGAAUGUUUGACCUUAAAGACUAGCGAGGAAAUAAUUGUUCCAAAAGGGAUUCGACACCUAUCAUUGGAGCUUGAGAACAUGCAUUCGUCUGACGACUUACAAAUGUUGGUAGCAUCCACUAAUGAGUCUUUGCGUAAAUUUCAAACCAUUCGUACUUUGCUGCUAAAUACCAAUCAUUUACAUGUGGAUUACCGGCCAUUUUCAGCUGCCUAUUUGAAAAUUCCAAAUUUCAAUAUUUCAAAUCGUAGAUGCAUACGAGCAUUAGACCUGAAUUUCAGUUCUGUAAGUUGGCGACCAUCGUCAGCUGCCUAUUUGACACACUUGAGGUAUUUGAUACACUUGAGGUACCUGAAGCUCUACAUGAUGAGUAUUAGCACAUUACCUGAAUCCUUGAGCAACCUAAAACAUUUGCAGACAUUGAUACUAGACAAUUGUCAACGUCUUCAAAAGUUGCCUGCACAGUUGAGUACCAUGAGAAGCCUCAGGCACCUGGAUAUUUGUGGAUGUGAGUCACUAAGGCAAAUGCCAAUCGGAAUAGGGAAGUUGAUUCACCUACAGACAUUAAGCAUGUUCAUCGUGGGGAAGAAGAGUGGAUAUCGUAUCAAUGAGUUAAAAGGACUGAACCUCAGAGGACGAUUACACAUAAGAGAUCUUAAGAACGUAAAGAAUUCAGUGGAUGCGAAAGAAGCCAAUUUGAUGGAAAAGAGAAACCUUAACUGGUUAACCUUGUCUUGGUCUCCAAAUAAUGAUCAAACUCACAUCCAAGAAAAUGUUGAUGAGGUGCUAGAAGGCCUCCAGCCCCCAAUAAGCAUAAAAAUAUUGAAAAUAGAAAGGUACCAAGGCAUGAAAUUUCCAAGUUGGAUGGAGGAUUUUUCACUCCAAAAUUUGGUUUGUGUUAGACUCAGCGAUUGUAAGAGAUGCGAACAUCUCCCGCCUCUCGGGCAUCUGCCACUUCUCAAAUUUCUUCACGUAAGUGGAAUGGAUUCUGUACGAUACUUAUUAGGUGUUGAGUCCGAUAAUGGUGAUGGCUUGGGUAAAGAAUUCCCGUUGUUGGAAAAACUGUUCUUAUAUGACAUGCUAAAUUUGGAAGAAUUGUUAUUGAAUGUUACACAAGAAAGAGAAGUAGUAGCAUUCCCUUGCCUUGUGUCAAUGGGAAUUAUGAAUUGUGAUAAGUUGAAAACCCUUCCAUUGCUCCCGUCUCUUAAAUCUUUAUUUCUUCAAACUAAGGAAAGUGAAAACAUUCCAGAAGGGCUGCUACAAAACCGAAACCUCCCCGUUCUUGAGAGUUUGACUUUUAAUUAUUCCCCCAACCUCGUCCAUUUGCCAAGAUUGUCUAUUAGGCAUGGGGAAUAUGGAUUUAGCUCUCUUAAAGACUUUCGGGUCAGCGAGUGCAGUGCUAUGAAAUAUUUGUGGGAGGAUGAGACCCAAUUCCAGGGGUUGUGCUCUUUGAAGGUACUGAGAAUUGAAUUGUGUGAGAGACUAGUAUCUCUGCCAGGGAUGAGAUAUUUAACAGCUCUUGAGCGUUUGUGGAUUAAUCAGUGUCCAGAGCUAGAACUCUCUCAAUUGGAGGAUUUUCGGCACCUCACUUCCCUUCAAAAAAUAAACAUUAUCGACUUGCCUAAGUUGAUGACUUUAGCUGAGAGCUUAAGACACACUACAACAUUGCAGCAUCUAAGCUUAAUCAGUGUGGGCCUGACUGUGUUGCCAGAGUGGAUCGAAAAUCUCAUUUCACUUCGAACUAUAGAGAUUUGGUGUUGUCCAAAUCUUACUUUCUUACCAGAUGGUCUUCGACAACUAACAAUGCUGCAAACCCUUGUAAUAGAAGGAUGCCCUGUCUUAGAGACACGAUGUAGAGAAGGAGGAGAAGACUGGCAAAAGAUAUCCCACAUUCCAAAGGUCAUCAUCACAUCAUGGCCACCACUAACACCAAUGAAGCCAAACCGUGGAUGUUGGGGUCGUCUCUUGGAGGUGAAGAGGAGGUGAUGCAUUCAAUACUAAACAAGCAUUUUUUAAGGUUGCAUCAAAUACUGGGAUGACAGUUGGAUGAGUUAAUGGGGGCCUACUCUGCCCUGCACAUUUAUGACUGGACAUUGGAUUGGCUUCUCUUCUAUCUUGUGUUUGGCAACUGAUAUGGGGCAAUUGAAACAGCAGGUUUUACUAAAGGUUACGGAGAUUUUAAUGUCCUAAUAUAGUUUCCAUUAUAUAAUUUCCUUAUUCCUAUUAAGCUUUUCAUAUAAUAAAUUUACUCUCCGCGCCUUACCUGGACUCUUUUUUUUUUCUGUCUAAAUUUUUAAUUCUGCUUUUUUUGAGAUGCAUUUAUCUUUUGCAGAUUUCUCAUCUUUUUUGAACGGAUGAAACUUAUGAUUGAACUUGGUGUUAACAAGAUAUGAAGGGAAUGUGAUUCGACAUCAGUGGUGUGCAUCAAAGAUCAAUCUAUUCCAUGGAGUGUUUUUGCACAAGUGGUUCAAAGCCUUCUUAGGAUUUUUUUUUUUUUCAACUUGGAGCAUCUCGCAUUGUCAUGGGGAGAUUAAUGACGUUGCAGACUCGUUACCAAGAAGGCAUUGGAUAAUUGAGUGUUUUCACCUUCUUUUAUUAUGGAGGAUUUUAGGUGGGAUUUGGAAGAGAAAGCUUGAUACAGAUUUUCUUAAGCCAGUAACUGUGGGAUCUUUUUUGUUUUAAGAUGGUUUGCUCCCUCUGCUGAUGGCAAUGCCAAAGGUGGAGGGGCAAACUAUUUGGGGAUUUUUUCUGUUUUUUAGUUGAGAUGUCCAGGUCUGGCUAGACGUCUUUGAUGUAAUUCUUUCUAUCAUUAUUUUACUUUAUAUUUAAUAAAAUUAUUGAACAUUACCAAA